AUGGAUCACAUCAUGAAAUCCAACGGCGUCUCUCAUGCAGUCACCAAUGGCCACACUGCCGCUGCCAAGUCCGAUGGGCUCAACAUCGUCGUUAUCGGGGCCGGCAUAGGUGGUCUCACGGCUGCCAUCUUCCUUCGCAGGCAGGGCCAUCGAGUUACGUUACUGGAGCAGUCUCGCUUUGCCAACGAGGUUGGAGCGGCGAUGCACCUGGCACCUAACGCCAAUGGGAUCCUUCGCCGACUUGGUAUCUUUGCCGAGACCAUAGGCGCAAAUGUGUUUGAACGGAUUAAAGAGUUUAAUGCGGCCAAUGAAGUGAUACGUGAUGCCGAGCUCACGGAAGCGAACAAGAUCUGGCAGCAUCCGUGGCAUUUGGUCCAUCGCGUACGGCUGCAUCAAGAGCUCAAACGACUUGCAACAUCACCAGAGGGACCUGGUAUCCCCGCGGUGCUCAGAACGUCCAGCCGCGUGGUAGAUGUAGACACAGAAACAGCCACCGUCUUCUUACAAGAUGGCGGUAAAGUCCAGGGAGACUUGGCCAUUGGCGCUGAUGGAGUCCAUUCUCGUUCCCGACAGAAAGUCGUUGGAAAAGACUGGCAAGCGUACAGUUCAGGCAAGAGUGCUUUCCGGUUCCUCGUCCCCCGUCAAGAUGCUCUCGACGACCCAGAAACCGCCCAUUUUGCACAGCAUAACGGCCAGCUCAUCAUAUGGUAUGCUGCGGACAGACGUAUCGUCAUGUAUCCAUGCGAUGACAAUAAGAUGUUCAACUUUGUCUGCAUUCAUCCGCGAGAAGAGAGCGACCCUGGGAGCAAAGAAGACUGGAACAACGAGACGAGCAUGUCGGUGUUGUUGAACGUAUACAAGGAUUUUGAUCCUGCUUUGUUGAAGCUCUUGAGCAAAGCCAGCCCCGAGUCCCUCAAGGCAUGGGAGCUGCUAGAUAUGGAUGUUCUCCCAACGUGGACUGACAAAAGACUGACUCUUCUUGGUGAUGCCGCUCAUCCCUUUCUUCCUCACCAGGGACAGGGUGCUGGUGUUGCCAUUGAAGACGCGGCCUCCCUCGCAGUCGUUCUCCCACUCGGUACCUCCCCGGAAGAGGUGCCUGAGCGGUUGCGUCUUUACCAAGACUUUCGUUAUGACCGGGCACACCGGAUCCAAGAGUUCUCACGCCAGGCAGGAAAGGAUAAACCGGAUAAGGACUUUGACAUGAUGGCGUAUAGCAACUUCAACUUCGGCCAUGAUGAAUGGGACCAUUCUACCAACCGUUUUAGGAACUGGGACUGGGCUCGGAAGCCUCAUCUCUACUGGAGAAUGCCCAUCUCGUUCGGGCCCUUCCCAGGUCCACGCCAGACCUUCACAGGCGAAGCUAGGAAUGCUACCGACUCGACAUUCACCACAGCCUCCAUCAAGUUCAAGACCUCACGAACUCUUUUACAGAAUCUUUUCCCUUCUACUUCUUUCCGAUUCAAGAGCCCCGGAACAGUCGCAUAUGCUAGCUUUUCACAGACCACGCUCAAUAAAAUGGAGUGGCUGGGCGGCUCUGGGUAUAGACACAUUGGGCUGUACAUCCACGGCGUCCAGUAUGUACAGAAAGACGGUACCGUUCGUGACGGAACAUUCCUGCCUAUCUUGUGGGAGAAUCUUACCGAUCCUAUUGUCAGUGGCCGGGAAGAGCUCGGAAUGCCAAAGUUGUAUUGCUCCAUCGACGUUUGGAGGCGGACAAACAGUUACCGAAUCCAGACAGGCUGGCAAGGCGUCAAUUUUGGCUCAUUCACACUUGAGGGUCUCCACGAGACGGAUAGUGGCAGCUCCAAGGGGACGAUCGGAGGCGAGGAUGACGAGGGAAUCUUUGCCUACAAGUACAUCCCCAAGGUGGGAGAUCGUGGCAAAGCAGAUGUGGAGCAUGCUACCUUUGUGCCUCACUCAGAGGAGUCCAAGGUCGUUCCGAGUCAAGUUCUGAGGGUCUUUACUGCGGACAAAGCCAGCUUUGAGUUUGAUCCUCACGAUUGGGAAGCCUUGCCGACGCUCCACCACGUCGUCUCGAGGUUGGCAGAAGUCCCCGUGUAUGAGAUUCUGGGUGGAAAGGUUGUUGAGGGUGUUGGCGUCCCAGACGUAUCCAGUGCUCGAAGAAUAGACUAA